GCUACCUCAUCACUUGACUGAUCUACUCGCUAGGCGCUUCGGAGGUCCUAAAUCACAGCGCAAGUUCCACAGCAAGUUCCACAGCAAUCGCGAUCCGGACUCUACGAAAUGCCAGACUCAGGUAACCACGGAGAAGGCGAGGCCACACUCAGGCUAGAGUUUCGAGCAGUUUUUGAGAGCUUCGGCGACGAGUCACAAACGGGUAAAAACCACCAAGCCUAUGCUCAUCACCUGGCUCGGGCUUGCUGGCACGGCAGCCGAAUCGUGCUCCGUCAGACGUCGCAGGAGGCUGAAGCCAUCUUCGACGUCAUUAUUGCGCUUCACCGGGCAUGCAAAGGACAAUGGAGCGUUCUCCAAGACCACGGCUUGACGGAAAAUGAAGUGGAUGUCUGGCUCGAGUUUUCUGCCAUGUUCCUGUCCAGCCUUGGCAACUACUUUGACGACGGCGACCGCAAGGUCGUUCCACAGAUUUCCAAAGACGCCCUCUACAAAAUGGCAGCGAUACUGCUUAAGCUAACCCAUCAACCAGCAAGCAUGGGGCAUCCCACAGAGGAAAGCCAGUCGGGCUACUACCCUGGGUCUGAGGAGAUUGCAGAGGAGGAGAUUGAGGCUGUGAAGAAGUUGAUGGAAGCCAAAAAGAUAGCGCCAGAGAACACACGCCUGCGGAAGAAUUCCCAUGAAGGAGUGUUCGAGAUCAUGCAGGCUUCUGUGGAGACAGACAACGAGCCCAGGUUCAUUGGCCGGAUUGUGCUUGGAGACCAGCCCCCCUUCAGAGUCAUAUUCCGUCGCGGUGACCACUCUGAAGAAAUGACCAAGAUUUGUGCUGAACUCACUCAGGCCCUUGAACUUGCUACAACAGACUUUCGUACGGGCAACUACGAGGCUUUCCGCGCCGCACACAAGACGUGGGUCAAAGACAAGGCUCCCCGAGUCGAACAUUGCAUGGGCUUCCUUUUCGGAUAUCGAGACCCUGAGGGCGUUAGAGCUGAGUGGCAAGCGGCCGCCGGCAUCGCCGACUUGAAGGAAACGACAGAAAUGAGCCGGCUUGUCAAUAAGUCUACAGAUCUCAUUCGCACGCUCCCGUGGGCUGUACCCGAUGAAAACGACGGGAAAGGACCGUUUGAGCCAAGUGAAAUAGACACACCCGAUUUUUCGAUCAUCCAUUUGCUCGCCUCGGUAUCCAGCACUGUCUGGGAGGCUACCAACAUCAGCAUUGAUGAUGAUGGGAAGAGGCAUGGCGUCAAAAACAUGGUUUACGGCAACCGCGUAAGCUUAAACAACAGCCCUGGUCGUCCAUGCUACUAUGUUCACCCCUCGGAAGCAGAUGCAUACAUGAGCUGCGCUCAUACCGUGCGCUUCGUCCAAACCGCCAUCCACGAACUGAUCGGCCAUGGGACGGGGAAGCUGCUCUCCGAGACAACGCCGGGACAGUUCAACUUCGACCAGGACAAUCCUCCAAUCAGCCCUAUCACUGGCAACCCCGUACGUACUUGGUACAAGCCGGGAGAGACUCUGAACACUGUUUUUGGAAAACUGGCGCCAACCGUGGAGGAGUGCAGAGCCUAUCUCGUCGCAGACUAUCUGGCCGAUAACAGGGACAUUCUUGCCAUGUUUGGGUAUGACGACAAUAGCACCCCAACUGCGGAUGAUUUUAUCUACUACACCUACCUUCAAAUUGGAGUUGAAGGCCUUCAAGCACUUCGGAGUUUCAACGAGUCAGACAAGACUUGGGGUGAUGAUCACAAGCAGGCUCUAUUCGCUAUAUUCAAGCACGUACUUCAGGACGGCGAAGGUGUCCUGUCGAUAGAGCAUGAACCAAUCGCCAGGACUCUCUUCGUCCGUGUUGAUCGCUCUAAAAUCGUCUCUUGCGGGACGCCUUCGAUCGGACGUAUGCUCUGUAAGAUUCACAUUUGUCACUGCACCGCCGAUGUGGAUGCUUGCCGGGAUUCCUACGAGGCCCUGAGCCUUGUCGAUGGCGAUUACGAGGCCUGGAGACAACUUGUAGUCUCCAACCCGGAGCCGAAGUGGAAGUUUCUGCAGCCCAACACCUUCCUGGAAGACGGGGGCGCGAUCACGCUAAGGGAGUAUGAGGCCAGCAAUGCGGGAAUCAUCCAAUCUUUCUUAGAACGAGAUCUUUGACGGAUUUUCCCCUUGCUUCCUGUUAAAUAUGCUAGUAUAGUGCUGUAGGGUCAUCUGUGGUUCCGACUGCUCAUGGCCCUGACUCCAGUCGCAGCUUUAGUUGUGGCUCAAUCGGUCUCUAGUAGCUUUUAGCAGCAUAUAUUUGCGCAAAUGCAACAAAACACAUUGAUACCUUG